AUGACUAGUUCUACAGCAACAAGCAAAUGCUUAUGUGGUCAAAUAACUGUUUCAGUUCCACAAGCUGCACUUAAUAAAACUGAUUGUAUUGGUUUAUGUUAUUGUAAAAAUUGUCGUCAAAGUGGUGGUUGUUUAGCGGCAUACAAUCUUUAUUUACCAGAAAAAGACGUUACAAUAGAUGGUCAACCAAAAAUAUAUGAAGAUAAAAAUACAGAUAGUGGAACAACACUACAACGUGCAUUUUGUGAUAAUUGUGGUUCACCAAUCUAUCUGAAAAAUCCAAAGUUUGCUGGUGCUAUUUCUAUAAGAUUGGGUGGAUUUGAUGAAUUACCCAAACCUGGUAUGGAACUCUAUGGUAAAGACCGUCCAAAUUGGUUUAAACAAAUUGAUGGUGUAAAAGAAAAUGAAACUAUGCCAGCAAUGACAGAAGAUUGGAAAGAUUGGUUUCGAAAAACUGGUGUAUCAAUAUAA